UUGAAUUCAGAGAGUGAGUUGUGCCGAACCACCCAUCGGAUCAACUUUACAAUGGAUUUAAUAUAUAAACUAAACUCAUUUUCGUAACGUAUACUUAUAUUUUUAAUCACAGUUUAAACUUUACGUGGCACUGCGAGGACAGCGCUGAAUACGUUAACGAGAGGUUUAAAAUAAUUCGCGUGGCUAAUAUAAAGUCGGAUUGCUCAGCUGGUCCUGCAGCCAGCUGUACUUUCGUUGUUUCUUCUUUCAUCAAAGCUUCUCACAAAACAUUUCUGCACUCUUUCAGCUUUCUACGACCUUGUUCACUCUUUCCCUGUGGCCUUCUCCAGCUUUUGAUAUUCUGGACAGGAUUGGGUCACCACCCCUUGUCACAGUGCCAUGGCUGACAGCAGCAUAGUUACUUUGGGGAUGGGUCGCAGCCUGCUGGUGGACUCCUCCGUAUAUGACUCCCGGAUGGCUGAGACCACCAAGGAGCAAUUUUUCAUUGGUCUACACACAGAGGAGUCAGAGGAUGUAUUGCCCAAAGUUGAGACCAGGGUGGUGCUGGUAGGGGAGGCCGGCAAUAUCACAGAGCUUGAAAAAGCAUUACAGGCCAUCACUAUAAUGGAAGUCCCGGUGGUAAAGAUUAAGGAAGGCCAUCCGGGCACAGAGGCGUGUGAGAAAUUGAUAAAAUCUAUAGUCAAUAUGGAUAUAAACACCCCUUGUAUCAAGACUGACAAUGUCCGAGAAUUUGGCGAUGGCGAGAAUUGCGAGUUUGAGAGCGUGUUCGUGCUGAAUGACUUCCAGGCUCCAGAAUACAGCUACUUGUACAAGAAUGACAACCGUAUCCUCGGGCCUCCGGCGGUGAUGUACUGCGCCAGCAAAGGAGAGCCUUUGCCAUUUUCCUCCAGGCCUCUUUACUCUAUGACCAUGCUGAACUUAUCUCUGUGCUUCACUGGUUUUCGUAGAAAAGAGGAAGUUGUUAACUUGGUCAAUUUGGUCCAUCACAUGGGCGGCACAAUCCGAAAAGACUUUGACAGUGCUAAAGUUACACACCUCAUCGCCCAUUCGACACAUGGUGAAAAGUACAGGUUGGCAGUGUGCAUGGGCACACCCAUCCUCACCCCUGAGUGGAUACACAAGGCAUGGGAGCACAGAAAUGACAUCAAUUUCCAUGCAAACAAUGAGAGCUUUCGCACCGAGUUUAAAGUACCCCCUUUCCAGGACUGUGUGCUGAGCUUUCUGGGCUUCUCAGAGGAGGACAAAACCAACAUGGAGGAGAGGACGCAGAAACAUGGUGGCCGGGUUCAGCCGGUGGGUGAUGAAAGAUGCACACACUUGGUGGUUGAAGAGAACUCCAUUAAGGAAUUGCCCUUUACACCCUCGAAAAGACUCUAUGUAGUGAAGCAGGAGUGGUUUUGGGGAAGUAUACAGAUGGAUGCCCGUGCUGGGGAAUCAAUGUACUCUUAUGAAAAGCCGGAGAGCCCCGCAAUGAAGAAGGCCGUCUCUCUGCUUUCUCUCACGACACCCACCAGUGGCAGAAAGCGUCGCCGUCUCAGGGAAACAUUGGCUCAACUGACUAAAGAGACAGAGAUUUCCCCUUUUCCCCCUCGCAAGAGACCUUCGGCAGAACAUUCGCUCUCCAUGGGUUCCCUGCUGGACAUUUCCAACACACCUGACACCUGCAAAUCCAGUGGAGAACGGAAGUGCAGGAGAAGCAGCGCUAGGUGGAGGAGUGUGAGGAAGAAUAGGAAAGAGGAAGAUGGGCAACGACUGCGCACCAGCACUCCUGUGUGCAGCCAGGAACAGCAGACAGACAAUUCCAAAGCUCCCAAGAGCUCAACUCCUUCCUUGCCCAAGCAGUCCGCACGAUGGCAGGUCUCCAAAGAGCUGUACCAAACCGAGAGCAACUACGUUGAUAUCCUGGCCACGGUUCUGCAGCUCUUCAAAUACCCGCUGGAGAAAGAGGGACAGGUGGGCGGCCCGAUCCUGGCUCAGGAGGAGAUCAAGACGAUCUUUGGCAGUAUUCCUGACAUCUAUGAAGUGCACACCAGAAUAAAGGCGGAUCUGGAGCGGUUGGUGAUGAACUGGUCAGAAGAGCGGAGCGUUGGAGACAUUAUCCUGAAAUAUUCUAAAGAUCUAGUGAAGGCUUACCCGCCAUUUGUCAACUUCUUUGAGAUGAGCAAAGAGACCAUAGUGAAAUGUGAGAGGCUGAAGCCAAGGUUUCAUGCGUUCCUGAAGAUUAACCAGUCUAAACCCGAAUGUGGCCGGCAGACCCUUGUCGAGCUUUUGAUCCGUCCUGUGCAGAGACUGCCGAGUGUAGCUCUCCUGCUCAAUGAUAUUAAGAAACACACGGCAGAUGACAACCCUGAUAAAGUCACACUAGAAAAAGCCAUCGAGUCUCUAAAGGAAGUGAUGACCCACAUAAAUGAGGACAAGAGGAAAACAGAAGGCCAGAAGCAGAUCUUCGAUGUCGUUUAUGAAGUGGACGGCUGCCCUGCCAAUCUGUUGUCGUCACACCGCAGUCUGGUUCACAGGGUAGAGACCAUCGCAUUGGGAGAUAAACCAUGUGACAAAGGAGAACAUGUUACACUGUUUCUCUUUAAUGACUGUCUGGAGAUUGCCAGGAAGCGGCACAAGGUGAUAACCACGUUCCGCAGUCCGUUGGGGCAGACGCGCCCACCCGCCCAGCUCAAACACAUAACCCUGAUGCCGCUGUCUCAAAUCAGGAGAGUCCUUGACAUCCAGGACUCAGAGGACUGUCAAAACGCCUUCGCCCUGGUGGUUCGUCCUCCUACAGAACAGGAAAACUUGUUAUUCAGCUUCCAACUAACAGCUGAAGACACCCUCAAAUCUGCCUGGCUCAAGACACUUUGUCGUCAAGUGGCCAAUACGAUUUGUCGAGCUGACGCGGAAGAUCUAAUUCAGUACACCGAACCUGAAUCCGUCCAAGUGAGCACAAAGGACAUGGACAGCACGCUGAGCCGAGCAUCCAGGGCUAUCAAAAAGACGUCAAAGAAGGUCACUCGGGCUUUCUCCUUCACCAAGACCCCUAAGCGUGUGCUUCAGAGAGCAUUUUUGGCCAAUGGUACACCGGAUGAGAAGAGUCCAGGCCUUGAUGGCGGUCACAUGGGGCGAAUGGGAAGCAGCUCCACACUGGCGAUGUCUCGUUCUGCCUCUACAUUCAGUCUGACUGGCUCUAUUAAAAGUGCAGUGGUUCAGCGGUCAAACUCUCUGGAUCAUGCCCCACGGCCCAGAGUCCCCAUGUGCGUUCGUACACCCUGUAGUCCGGAGAGGGCUUGUGAACCGGCACCUCCCGAGACCCAGCCAAGACCCUCCAUCCUCUCGCUGCCAGCGCCCGAGCCCAUAGCUCAGCCUGGGCGACAGUGCAGAGAGAUGCUGGCACCUCCACAGCCGCGACACAGGCUCCCCGGGUCCCCGCGGAGGGAGACCCUCCUCUAGGACCCUUAAAAGCGAUGCAUUCCCCAUCCAUGAUCAACCUGUCCUCUGCUUUCGAGAGGAAGUACCACACCUUCAGUCGAUCCUCAACCCACUUGUUUUAAACAUUUAAGUGACCUUAUUUUCCGUUCACUACAGUAUUAGAAAUGACCUUCUUCACAAUGGUACCGUGUCUGCCUCCCCUCUCCCGUGCAACUCACCGAAUGAAGGAUGUCAGUGUCUGAGCACAUUUAAUGAACAGAUAAAGAUACAUUAAUAACUGACUUUUUAUUAAAGAGGUAGACUUUUUUCAUUCAAUUAUUAACCACUCAGAGUAUUUCUUCAAUGUUUUAUAAGUUAGGCCCUUAUUUAAACUAAUCUAGUUUCCAGCUUUUAUAAAGCUAUAGACAUCUGUACUUUAAAUUUAAGUAGCAAAUGCAUACAGAGCUGCCAUGGUGUAAAACACGACCUUGAACUUUUGCUUACUUUUUAGAAGUGAUUUUAAAUGUUGAUUUUGGGAGGGGUGUCGGUUUCCUAAAAUGCAAAAAGAGUCUUGUGCGUAGUUUGGCGUAUUUAUUCUCCAGAAUCACCUUUAUAUGUAGUUCAUGGAAAUCCUGUAACUCUUCUCUCAGUCUUUAUUUAUGUGUAAAUAUUGCAUUGUUGUUCUUUGUGAUUUGUGUCACUAAUAAUUGUUUGUCUUGAAUUGGUUGUGCCUGUUGUAGUCUCUGCACUUAUGUCAACAAACAUUUACUCAUGUGUAAAGCAAAUUUCAUUUCUUUUUCUGUUAAGGGGAUUGACAUAAGCGCUUUGAUAAAUGCAGAUUUGUUUGGAGAGGGCUGAUUUUGUUAUUUCUCGGACUACUAUUAAAGGUGACUUCAUUUAUUCUUUAUCAAUAAAAGAAGCAUAA